AUGGCGUCCUAUUAUAAUAAUCCAAAACAAUCUAUCUACUCUCUUGCGAAAGCGUACGACGUGCCAAAAUCGACGCUCCAGACACGCCUCCGCGGUAUCCAGCCACGAUCAGAGGUUCCGUCUGCUAGGCGUAAGCUAUCACCUGUCGAAGAGCAGUCUCUUGUUCAG